UCGUAGCCUCACCAGCUUGCAUGGUUAAGGUGGCAGACACAAACGAGCCUCAUUUUUUGCAAAUUGCAAUCUCAUUUAACUCUUUUGAGUCUGAUAAAGUAAAGUAAAUGUGAUGGGUUCUCUACCCCAACCAAACUCACUCUUUUUCAAAACUGGACCUAGCCGGAAAGUAGGUAUUGAGGUUUUGGCCUUUCAACGCUUCACUUGGAAUAGUUCAUUUCCCUCUGUGAAGCUUGAAGCAAGCCAGAACAUGGAAGCACCUGUUGUUGUAGUCACUGGAGCCUCCAGAGGCAUUGGCCGUGCAAUUGCACUUUCCUUCGGCAAAGCAGCUUGCAAGGUCUUGGUCAACUAUGCCAGGUCAUCCACACAAGCUGAAGAGGUUUCCAACUUGAUUGAGGCUUUUGGUGGAAAAGCUCUUACCUUUGCGGGAGAUGUUUCAAAUGAGGCUGAUGUGGAGUCUAUGAUUAAAACUGCAGUUGAUGCUUGGGGAACUGUUGAUGUGUUGGUAAAUAAUGCAGGAGUUACUCGGGAUGGUUUGUUAAUGAGAAUGAAGAAAUCACAAUGGCAGGACGUUAUUGAUCUGAAUCUCACUGGUGUUUUUCUUUGCACACAGGCAGCAGCAAAGAUUAUGGCGAUGAAAAAGAAGGGAAGGAUAGUGAAUAUUGCAUCAAUUAUUGGUCAGGUUGGCAAUGUUGGACAAGCCAAUUAUAGUGCUGCAAAGGCAGGAGUAAUUGGCCUCACAAAAAGUGCUGCCAGAGAAUAUGCUAGCAGAAACAUCACUGUUAAUGCAGUUGCCCCUGGCUUUAUUGCAUCUGAUAUGACUGCCAAGCUACGACCAGACAUUGAGAAAAAAAGAUUAGAGUUAAUUCCCUUGGGUGAGUGGAGAUUUGGCCAACCUGAAGAAGUUGCUGGACUUGUGGAAUUCUUGGCUCUUAAUCCUGCUGCUAAAUACAUCACUGGCCAGGUACUCACCAUUGAUGGAGGAAUGGCGAUGUAAGUGGGAAUCUGUUUCUAUAUCGCAACUCAAACUUCUAUACUUGACACUCAUCUCAAAGGCCACAAAAUGUCAACUUCUGUCAUAUGGUGAUAGUUUGUUCUAUGCUGACUUAUGCUCAGGCUACUAAUACCAGGUGACUUAUAUGGUAUAAGUUUAGUUGAGCUUUUAAACAAGAUGCUUCUUUGUGAUGCAUUCAACAUCUUGUUGCCUUUCAGUGACUCUUAACGGCUCAAAUUACAUUUUACAUUUCGUGCAAUUUACCAA